AUGCGGCUGCCGAAUCCCACGCCCACCUCUGCGAAGAAACUGCUGCACCUGCUUCCCGGCGAAGAGGCUCUUCAGGUCGCAGCGGCGUCGGACUUGAAGCUGCUGUCUCUGCCGCCUAACUCUGGGCUCACUGACGCCACUGACAGGGAACAUGAGCCGGCUGCACAACUCCAUAGAGCCGCGCGUGAUGGACGACGAGAUGCUGAAGCUGGCCGUGAGCGAGCAGGGGCCCGCGAGGAGGCCGGGCAGCUGGCCAAGCAGGAGGGCAUCCUCUUCAAAGAUGUCCUGACCCUGCGGCUGGACUUCCAGAACAUCCUGCACAUUGACAACCUCUGGCAGUUCGAGAACCUGCGCAAGCUGCAGCUGGACAACAACAUCAUCGAGAGGAUCGAGGGCCUGGAAAACCUCGUCCACCUGGUCUGGCUGGGUGAGGCCCCUUCUGCGCAUGCGUCUGCUCCCGCCCACCUGCCAAGUUGUGCCGCGCCCCGCCCCGCCUCCCCGCCUCUGCCCCCCACCCGGGAGACGGCACUCUCACGCUUGACCCUCAGCUACCUGGGCACGGUCCUUAGCCUGGGCACGGCUGCUGUCUUUCAAAAGACCCGGGAUCCACACUGGACAGAGCACAGCACAGACGGGCCAUUCUGCUCCCCCGCCGGCCUCCAGGCUGGGCGGGGCGCUCAGGGGGCUGCUACAGACUCCUCCCCUUCAAUUUCCACUCGGAUUGACAG